AUACCAUGUCGUCAAGCUUAAAAAUUUAAAGAGGUUAUCACACAAUUAGUGUUUGCUUAUCGGUGUACGAAGUGAAGUGAUUUGAAUUUAAUUAUGUAAUGACAACCGUAAGUUGUUCGGUGACCAAGUUUAAUGACAAGUUGUAGUGCAAGAGGUGAUAAGUGCGUGUCAAAAAUAUAGUGUAAUUUUGUAAUUUCAUUAUCGAUUUGAUAAUGAUUUUCCGUUAAUUGGGUAAAGUGCGCGAUGAGUAUCGUCUUUGUUAUUGAUCAGGUGAAAAGGUGCUGUGAAUCGUCGAAAACCUGAGCAAUUUUCACAAAAUCGACGAAAAUGUCGGGUUUCCACAAAGUCGAAGUGAAUAAAACGGUUUGGGAAGUUCCCGAAAGGUAUCAAAUGCUUUCAGCCGUAGGUUCGGGAGCAUACGGACAAGUUUGCUCAGCCGUGGAUACUUUCUCAAACAAGAAAAAAGUUGCCAUAAAAAAAUUAGCCCGACCUUUUCAAUCAGCCGUUCACGCUAAAAGGACGUACCGAGAACUCAAACUCUUAAAACACAUGAGACAUGAAAACGUAAUCGGAUUGUUGGAUGUUUUUUAUCCUCAACACGACAAUAGCCAGAUCUAUCUAGUCACCCAUCUUAUGGGGGCCGAUUUAAAUAACAUUAUACGUACUCAAAAACUAACCGAUGAUCACGUACAGUUCUUAGUGUAUCAGAUAUUACGUGGCCUAAAAUAUAUCCACUCUGCGGGAAUUAUACACAGAGAUUUAAAGCCUUCUAAUAUAGCCGUUAACGAAGAUUGUGAGCUCAAAAUUCUUGAUUUUGGUUUAGCCCGACCUACGGAGACUGAAAUGACGGGAUAUGUGGCAACCAGAUGGUACCGAGCGCCAGAAAUUAUGUUAAACUGGAUGCACUACAACCAGACAGUUGAUAUUUGGUCAGUAGGAUGUAUAAUGGCCGAAUUACUAACAGGACGUACUCUUUUCCCAGGCACAGAUCACAUUCACCAGCUUAAUUUAAUCAUGGAAAUUCUGGGGACGCCGAGCGAUGAGUUUAUGCAGAAAAUUACGUCAGACAGUGCGAAGAGUUACAUACAGUCGUUACCACCCUUGCCUAAGAAGGACUUAAAUCAGUAUUUCCUAGGGGCGAAUCCGCAGGCCGUGGAUCUUCUGAGGUUGAUGCUGGAGUUGGAUAGUGAUAAGAGGAUUACGGCGGAACGGGCGUUAGAGCAUCCCUACUUAACAGCGUAUGCCGAUCCGCACGAUGAGCCUAUUUCAGCACCUUAUGACCAGAGUAUUGAAGACAUGAAUCUUCCAGUGGAAAAAUGGAAAGAAUUAGUUCUAGGAGAAAUAAAUUCGUUCGUUUAUAUACCUCCACAAAACGAAGAAUCGUAGAACGCUUCGUAGUACAUACACAUGUUAAAAGACGCUUCGCUUAUGAUGUGUAUGAACAGUUUAAGUAAAAAAAACUGAAUUGGUAACUUUAUUUACAAUACUUUUAUUAUUUCUUUAUACAGGGAAUAUAAAAAUGAAUUCUAAAUUUAUGCAACUUAUAUGUUUAUGUAUAUAUAAACAAAGUUUAAUACGUUUUCGCAUUAAUUUGCAGCUUUCUGUUCCAAUAUUAAUUUUUUAUUUGUAAUUUAGUUAUAACAAAAUUAAUAAAAAAAUUAAAUAGUGAUGUUCA